AUGGUAGAGCCGGACAAAGAUGUUAUCUUCCCGAACAACUUACCCCCAAAGAAGGCGCAUACGGCAGUAUCAGCGCUGAGUACCGAUAGUAGCAACGCAGCAAAGAGAGAUCCACCCGACGCCACUCCCUUAAGGGACGAGCAACCACCACCUACUCUCGCAUCUAUUUGGCGUCGACGUGCAAAGCCUGACCCAAAUGCCAUCGCCACCCAGCCAUCGGUGUUCGAUGACCCAGACCAGGCAAAAUACUUCCAGCCUCUUCCCACCUACGAGAACAUUCAUCGGUUCGAUCCUAGUGAACGAUGGACGUGGGCGGAGGAGAAGAAAGUUUUGAGUAAGAUCGAAUGGAGGAUUGCAGCUUGGGCAGCUAUAGCCUUCUUUGCGCUCGACCUAGAUCGUUCGAAUAUUUCGCAAGCAAACACGGACAAUUUCCUAGAUGACUUGGGACUAUCCACAAAUGAUUUUAAUCUUGGAAACACCGUGUCUAAACUUUCCUUCUUACUUGCUGAACUGCCGUCCCAGCUCAUAAGCAAGAAGAUAGGUCCCGACCGCUGGAUUCCUGCUCAGAUGAUAUUAUGGUCUAUUGUCGCAACAGCUCAGUUCUGGUUGAAGGGCCGCAGGUCCUUCCUGGCUUGUCGCGCUCUAAUCGGACUGUUGCAGGGUGGCUUUAUUCCUGAUGUGAUUCUGUACAUGUCGUAUUUCUACAAAAGCACCGAGCUGCCCUUCCGCCUGGCCAUAUUUUGGAUGGCGAAUCGUCUCACCGACGUCAUUGCUCCCCUCCUCGCAUACGGUCUCCUUCGCAUGCGAGGAUACCAUGGCUACGAGGGCUGGAGAUGGCUCUUCCUGAUCGAAGGGAUACUUACUCUCGUCAUCGGCAUUUGGUCUAUUUUCAUGAUGGCGCCGUCGCCCACCCAGACAAAGAGCUGGUGGCGCCCCAAAGGCUGGUUCACAGAGCGCGAGGAGAAGAUUAUGGUCAAUCGAAUCUUGAGAGAUGACCCAAGCAAAGGCGAUAUGCAUAACCGCCAAGCGAUUACACUCAAACUUCUGUGGAAGAGUAUCUGCGACUUUGAUCUUUGGCCAAUAUAUGCCAUUGGGCUUACAUUCGGUAUUCCCGCAGGCCCACCGGACCAAUACCUCACAUUGACUUUGAGGCAAUUAGGCUUCGACACGUUCAACUCAAAUUUGCUCAGUAUUCCAGCGCAGGUCGGGACAACGAUCAACAUGCUCGUCAUGACCUACAUCUCCGAGAAGAUCAACCAACGCUCGUACUUGGGUAUCUUUGUCCAGCUCUGGUUCCUCCCGUGUGUAAUUGCGAUGUCAGUGCUGCCAGAUAGCUCGUCCAGGUGGGCGCGCUUCGCUCUGGUCACUGUUCUUCUCUCUCAUCCCACUCCCCAUCCAAUGCAAGUUGGCUGGUGCAGUCGCAACUCGAAUACGGUGCGCACGCGUACUGUCUCUGCUGCAUUGUACAACAUGACAGUCCAAAUGCAGUCCAUCAUCUCCUCCAACAUCUACCGGGCGGAUGACAAGCCUCUGUAUCGCCGCGGAAACAGGGUGCUCGUCGGCAUCAGCGUUCUCAAUAUCUGUAUAUAUGCCUUCAGUAAGGUGUACUACACUUGGCGGAACAAGCAGAGAGAUCAACAAUGGAACGCCCUCACGCCGGAGCAGAAGGUCGAAUAUUUGGAUACGACGACGGAUGAAGGGAGCAGGCGUUUGGACUUUCGGUUCGCGCAUUGA